AUGAAUCGAAAGAUCGUACGAAAAAUCGAUAUCCACACUAUGCCGAUCCUAUCAUUACUCUGGCUAAGCUGUUUCAUCGACAGGACAAAUAUUGGAAACGCCAAGAUCGCAGGUCUAGAAAAAGAUCUCGGUCUCAAAGGUAUACAGUUCAACAUUGGACUAGCUGUUUUUUUUCUGACUUACGUCACAUCCGAGAUACCUUCCAAUCUUCUGAUUGGACGCUUUGGAAUCAAGAAUUGGUUAACGUUUUUGGUUUGUGGCUGGGGAAUUGUGACACUGUGUUCGGCGUUCAUGACCAACUAUGCAACUUUCAUCGUAACUCGCUUGUUAUUAGGCAAGUUUUCGUGCCUUUUUGAGGGCGGAAUGCUACCAGGAAUGGUAUUAUACCUUUCCACACUUUAUAGGAAAAAUGAGUUGCAACUCAGAAUCGGUAUCCUCAUAUCAUGCGUAGCCUUGGGAGGAGCUUUUAGUGGGCUUCUGGCUUAUGGAAUCCAGCGAAUGAACGGAAUUAGGCAUCAGCCUGGGUGGGCUUGGGUCUUUAUAUUAGAGGGGCUCUUGACGAUUGUGUUUUCGAUCAUCGGCUGGUUCAUACUUUGUCCAAGUAUCGCAUCUGCCAGGUUUUUAGAUAUAUAUGAGAAGGAUUUUGCAGAUGACAAGACAGCAGAGCGUAAUCAGCGUCCUUCCGAUCACUCCGACAGUCCUGAAGUGGAGCAUUUCGAAUGGGCUGAAGUGCGCCGCGGGCUUCGGGAUCCACAAGCUUGGAUGACUGGACUUGCUGUAAUGGCACUCUUGGUCGAGUUGUAUACUUUUAGGAUGGUCAUAGUAGUGGCUCGGGUCUCAGAUAAAGCUCGAAUUCGCGGGCCACUUGUGUUGGUUUUACUCCCAAUCAGUGUUGCAGGAUACAUCCUGGCAUGCCUGUCAAGAAGUCCAAGGGUUCGAUACGCGAGUGUGUUCCUUAUGACGACAGGGAUAUUUCCAUCUUUAGCUUGCUUUCUCACUAUCCUCCCCAACAACUCUUCUGGAGUUACUAAGAGAGCUACUACCAUUGCAGUUCAAAUCAUGAUUGGAAAUGUAGCAGGAUUUAUAGCUCCUUUUGUUUACACAAACGCUGCCCAUCAAGGACCGCGAUUUGUGAAAGGUCAUAAAAUCGCACUGACAUUCGUUUGCGCAGCUUGGCUAUGUACGGCAGCCAAUGUACUUUAUUGCUGGAAAGAAAAUAUUGCUCGAAAGGCUGGAAAAAGAGAUCAUAUAGCAUGGGAGUAUUGGAAACAACGAGAUGAGGGAACGACCAAGUCUCCCAUUGGGGAUCGUGAUCCGACAUUUUUAUAUACCUUGUGA